UUCUUUUUUUAAAAAGAGAAGCUUGUUCGAGUUCUCUUUUGUAAUAAUUAUUAAUUAAAUAAUUUUGGUUAGAAAUAGUUUCAAAUUGUGAUAUUUAACUUUUAAGGUUAUUAAUUCAACUUGUGUUGUAGUUAUAAGUUCACAAAACUCAGUUACCUGAAGUACGAAUCCUCAUUUAAUUUCUCGUCUGUGACAGAUCGAUUCGGCGUACUCCGUUGAAACUUGAAAUUAUAGGUUAUAGGGUUUAAUUUUUAUAGUGCUUUUUGUUCUUGUUCUCUCUAUUUUAAUUGAAAAUGGAAAGCAUGGAUGUCGCGCAAGAGAGUACAUCUUCCGCAACAACGCCAGCGACGGAAAAUGGGCCGGAUAAGAACGUUACGGCUGAGGAGAUGACCUCGCGUGACUAUUACUUCGACUCGUACGCACAUUUCGGCAUCCACGAAGAAAUGUUGAAAGACGAAGUCCGCACCCUCACCUAUAGGAAUGCUAUGUAUCAUAACAAGCAUCUAUUUAAAGGAAAAACUGUGCUAGACAUAGGCUGCGGCACAGGCAUCCUGUCCAUGUUUGCUGCCAAGGCGGGUGCUGCCAGAGUGAUCGCUGUGGAGUGCUCCAACAUUGUGGACUAUGCACGCAAGAUCAUUGAGGCUAAUCGACUUAGUGAUGUCAUAGAAAUUGUUAAAGGGAAGGUAGAGGAAGUUGAGCUGCCAGUGGAGAAGGUGGACAUCAUCAUAUCAGAGUGGAUGGGCUACUGCCUGUUCUAUGAGAGCAUGCUGGACACGGUGCUAUAUGCGCGGGACAAGUGGCUCCACCCUGACGGCAUGCUGUUCCCAGAUAGGUGCACAUUGUUCAUCUGCGGCAUAGAGGACCGGCAGUACAAGGAUGAGAAGAUCAACUGGUGGGACGAUGUGUAUGGCUUUGACAUGUCCUCCAUCAGGAAGGUGGCCAUUUCCGAGCCACUGGUUGAUGUGGUUGAUGCUAAACAGGUUGUCACUAACUCCUGUCUGCUGAAGGAAAUAGAUUUGUAUACAGUCAAGAAGGAAGAUCUGAAUUUUGAAGCCAAGUUUCUUCUGACAGUGCGCCGCAACGACUUCAUCCAGGCGCUGGUGACGUUCUUCACGGUGGAGUUCAGCAAGUCGCACAAGCGGCUCGGCUUCAGCACCGCCCCGGAGGCGCCCUACACGCACUGGAAGCAGACUGUCUUCUACUUCGACGAGUAUAUGACUGUGAAGAAAGGCGAGGAGAUAAUGGGCACUUUCUCGAUGCGCCAGAACGCGCGCAACAACCGCGACCUGGACUUCGAGCUGGAGAUCGCCUUCAAGGGCGAGCUGUGUCAGGUGCAGGAGAAGAACCACUACCGGAUGCGCUGAGUGACCCCCCACUCGCUGGUCCCGGGGGCGCGUGACCCCGGGCGUGCGUGACCCCGGACAUGCGUGACCCCGGACAAUAUGAUUGUGGACACACAUCGCUUGUUUGCUUCAAUAAUGUGAUUUGUCAAAAAUCAUAAUUUUACAUUAGCCUUACAAGUUAAAAAAAAAGAUUGUGUUAAUACUUAUGUAAUUUUUAAUGUAACUAGAGGACGCUCGCGAAUGCACUUUUUACAAAUCCGAAUCUGUCAAGUACCUAGUUGUGGCGUUAAAGAGUAACAAACAUCCAUACAAACUUUUAUUAUGUUAAUAAUGUGUAUAAUUUUAAAUUAACUUGAAAAACGCAUUAUUUGUGACAAGUUUUUUUUAAAUUAAUUUUUCUAUGUAAAAUUGUGUUUUUUUGAGAUAUCACGUUAUUGAAGCAAAUAGGCAUUAAACACACAAAAACACACAUACAUACUGCCCUGUUGUGCUAUGACAUUACACUGUAUCUUCAGAUACGUUGUUUUCUCUAUUGUAUCUAAAUGCAUGAAUGAGGUCCUCACCAUUGACCUCUUAUAAGAAAAAAGACGCACAAUCAUGUAAAAAAUUUCGCUUAAAAACUGGCCAAUUUUGCUCUGACAGUAUUAGAAUUAUUGGUAAAGAAAAUUAUACCUAAAGGCCAAUAUAGUCCAAUAUUCAAUAAACUCCCAAAUUCAGAGCAAAUUCCACUUUUAGGAUUGAGUUUGAGGUUGAAUUUGCAAAUGCGACUACUUAAAUUGAGUGCCAAGGAACUGUGUUUGGCACUCAUUGAGUGGGGACGUUUUUUGGUCGCUGAUUGUGCAUCUACUUUUUAAUAGGAGAUCGAUGGUCCUCGCACAUGGUUACAUAUACUGGCAUUUGAAUAAUAUUUUUUUUGAAGACUAAAAUACUGUGAGAAAUGUAUUCGUAUUAUACACUGUAUCUUGCAAAUAUAUUUGUGAUUUCUCAAAAAUGGUUGUUUUUUUAGAUACAGUGUUUUGUCAUGGUAUGGCAAAGCCUCUUUUUUGUAGUAAUAGUUAAUGGACCAAGCCGAUAGUCCACCUGUAGGCAUAAAAUGCGACCCACAACAUAAUAUCUCGUGGAGACAAUCAAAAACAAUUGUCGACCAAUAGCGGCCGCAUCCAAAAUAUAGUUCUCUCUUUCGUAUUAGGAAUAAAAUUAUAGAAAUUGUUUCGUAAAAGCAAAAAUUAAUAAGCCCCAAUAGCUCAGUCAUACAGAGGUCGGACUCAUCACAGAGGUGGUGGUUCGAUCCCCGCCCGGUGGACAUUGUCGUACCCACUCCUAAAAAUCUUUUCCGCCUAAUUGGAGGGGAACGGGAGGGAAUAUUAGUCAUGACCAGACACGGUCCAAUUAAGAUAACCUCAAUCGAACCCAGGACCUCUUAGCUUAUGAAUCCACCGCGCAUACCACUGCGCCACAGGCGAAUUGGUAUUGGUCGACAACAUGUAAUUUUUUGUCAUUACGAGAUUUAUGUCGUGGGUCACAUGUUAGGCCUAUUAAUGGUAAGUGGAAACCUUAUAAACUGAGUAACAUUUCACUUGCAAAGUACUAACCCUUGUGUCCAAGCUAAGGUGCAGGUUUGAUUCCUGGACCAAUGGAACUCUGUUACAUAAAGCUUUACUACUCAAAUUCCUCUCUAUUUUAUACAGAUUUUCAUGUCAUUAAAAUUUUCACUUCGACAAUUUCAUAUAUUGUAUAUGUAGAAACAUUGGUUGCCGCAUGUAUCAAAGUUAAAGAUGUCUCACAAAAUAAACAAAAAUGCACCUACAUUUGGGCCCUUGUUAGACCAUGUAAAAAAAAGAGAUUGUGAAUUAAAAAAGAAAGGAAAAACAUUACCUAUUACCUACAUUUUACUAUUUUUUGGUUUCACGCGUAAGGGGCCCUUGUAGUCCGGGGGCCCUAUAUCAAUGAAACUGCUGAUACGGCGGUAGCUUACGCCUCUGUACAAGAAAAAACAUUACCUAUUACCUACAUUUUACUAAUUUUUGCUUUCACACGUCCGGGGGGCCCCAUAUCAUUGAAACGGCUGAUACCUCGGUAGCUACGCUCCUGUAGAAGAGAAAACAUUACCUAUUACCUACAUUUUACUAAUUUUUGCUUUCACACGUAAGGGGCCCUUGUAGUCCGGGAGCCCCAUAUCAUUGAAACGGCUGAUACUUCGGUAGCUACGCCCCUGUAGAAGAGAAAACAUUACCUAUUACCUACAUUUUACUAAUUUUUGGUUUCACACGUAAGGGGCUCUUGUAGUCCGGGGGCCCUAUAUCAAUGAAACGGCUGAUACGCCGGUAGCUACGCUCCUGUAGACUUAACACUAGCUAGUAACACUUAUCAAUUCACAAAUCACAUCAAAAGCAACAUUCAACAGUCAUUAUUUACCAUAGUCAUCACCAUUCAUAAUCACUUGUCAUAAUGAUCAUCAUUUUUCAUCAUACUCAAAUUCCAUGAGAUUUAUUACUUGAAUAAUAAAUUAAAUGAAUCCAAAAUAUUUUAUUUUAAGUAGUGCUCAUUUUAGAUAUGGUUUUUAACCGACUUCCAAAAAGGAGGAGGUUCUACGUUCGGCUGUAUGUAUGUUUUUUUUUUUUUUUUUUUUUUUUUUUUUUUUUUUUUUUUUAUGUAUGUCCAGCGAUAAUUCCGUCAAUUAUGGACCGAUUUUGAAAAUUCUUUUUUUGUUUUGAAGGGUUUACUUCCAGGGUGGUCCCAUUUUUUUCAUGUCAGGAUCUGAUGAUGGCAUCCUGGAGAAAUUGAAGGGAACUUUCGAAAGUUGUAGAGACGGCUAGUGCGUUUGUUAGUGUUUCCAUAAGGUAUUUUAAACCACUACAACUUUAUGAAGGUUUGGAGUUGGUCUGAUGAUGGAGCCGAAACACAGACGAUGGAACUCGUCAACGAUUUACAGCAGUCACCUUUUGUUUGGACUUGAUAAAUUUGUAUUGAUGAGUACUUUCCACCUGUAUGGGUUGUGACUGUAUUAAGGGUCUGGUGAUGAAGACGAGGGACAGUGAAGAGAACUCCUCGACGGUUCACAGUAGCUACUUCGUGUUUGGACUUGAUAAAUUUGUAUUGAUGAGCACUUUCCACCUAGAUGGAUUGUGACUGUAUUAAGGGUCUGGUGAUGAAGACGAGGGACAGUGAACAGAACUCCUCGACGGUUCAUAGUAGCUACCUUGUGUUUGGACUUGAUAAAUUUGUGUUGAUGAGAACUUUCCACCUAGAUGGAUUGUGACUGUAUUAAGGGUCUGAUGAUGAAGACAAGGGACAGUGAAGAGAACUCCUCGACGGUUCACAGUAGCUACCUUGUGUUUGGACUUGAUAAAUUUGUAUUGAUGAGAACUUUCCACCUAGAUGGAUUGUGACUGUAUUAAGGGUCUGGUGAUGAAAACGAAGCACAGUGAAGAGAACUCCUCGACGGCUCACAGUAGCUACCUUGUGUUUGGACUUGAUAAUUUUGUCUUUUUUUUUUUUUUUUUUUUUUUUUUUUUUUUUUUUUUUUUUUUUUCCGUAGGGGGGAAAAUCCUCAUGGACACCCAUGUUGGGUAGUGCCGGACUCUUACCGGCUAAAAACCCCUCCUACCUUCUAGACGUUUGGUGUUCCUGCCAUAAAGCCUACCACCAACGUCGCGAGUCUUACUUCCCAUUCUCUCUUUCAUCCGUCUCCUUGAUCUUCAUUAUAGUGUCCAGAUAAUUCCUAACUAUAUUCCAUUUCUCACUGCAUUCCAGCAUUAUAUUUAUUACAUUAUCUGCUGUCAUCUCUUGUCCUAGGUCCUUCGUUGCUUCCUCUCUUUCAGCUCGGAACCGAGGGCAGGAAAAAAUUGUAUGUUCUGCAUCAUCAUUGGGGUCAAUGCAGUACAUGCAAUUGGAGCUCUCAGUUUUUUUUAUGCGUGUUGUAUACUGCUUAAAGACCCCAUGACCUGUAAAGCACUGAGUCAUUCCGAAUGUAAUGCUCCCAUGUUUUCUGUUUACCCAGCUCUUAAUAUUCUUGAUCAGUCUGUGAGUCCAACGACCGUCCGCAGAUUGAUCCCACUCCCUUUGCCACGCCUCUAACGUCUUUUCUCUGGCCAUACUUCUUUCCUCUGGCAUUUCCAUCUUGUAUGUUUUUGACCUUUCCCGAGCCAGAAGAUGGAUCGGAAUAAGAUUUGCCAAUACAAGAGCAGCAUCAGUAGAGAUGGUUCUGUAAGCGCAGCAUGAUCUUAAUGCCAUGGUUCUCUGAGAGCUCAGUACCAUUUUCCUGUACAUGUCUUUAUCCAUGGCCGUCACCCAUAUAGGCGCCGCAUACAUUACCACAGAUUGCAUUGCCAAAGCUAAUGUUCUCCUUUUUUGUGAACUUGGUCCUCGAGUGUUAGGCAGUAAUGAAGACAAUGCUCGGGUAGUUUUAUGGGCCUUUUCACAGGCCAUAUUUAAGUGCUUGCUGAAGUUCAGCCGUGAGUCCAGAGUAACACCCAGAUACGUUACAGUGGGAGUGGGUACCACCGGUGUACUACCGCACGUGAAAUGGAUAUCCGCACGUAUUCUCCUAUUAAAGAUAAUGGCCACAGUUUUUUCCGGAGCAAUUUCUAGCCGAUUAUGCGUCAUCCAUAGCAUCACACUAUACAGGGUCUCGUUACCUUUUCUUACCAGAUCUAUACUAUCUUUAGCAGUCACUGACACUGCUAGAUCAUCUGCAUAGCAGACUAAUUUAACCCCCUCUGGAACAUCUAUUGACAUAACAUCGUCGUAUAGAAUGUUCCACAGGGUUGGGCCGAGAACGGAACCUUGAGGGACACCACCUCCGAUAGCAAGUUUGGUUUCCUUGUUAAUUUGAAUAGCUCUCUGCUCUAGAUAGUCUAUAAUGCUAUUUACUAAGUACUUGUUAACCUUUUUUAUUUUUAGUUUAGCUAUUAUUUUUACCCAAGAUGCCGUAUUAAAUGCAUUUCUCACGUCUAUUAAGAUCAAGCCGUUCCAUUGGUUUUCUACUUUGGCAGCUCUUGCAUAUGAUACAACUUGCUUAAUAGCGCCAAUGGUUGUUCUACCUUUUCGGAAGCCAAACUGGUUAUCAUUGAGACCACCUUUUUCGUCUAUAUCUCUUAUUAGUCUGCUAUUUAGGAGAGUCUCGUAAACCUUAGCCAGAAUAUUGAUCAAGCAAAUUGGUCGAUAUUUAGUAGGAUCCGAGGGCUUCUUCUUUGGUUUGUCGAUCAGAAUAAGUUUAGCUAGUUUCCAGCGUUCCGGAAACUUCCCACUUUCCAGGAGUCCGUUGAAUAGUGUGAGAAAGUAGGUAGAAUAUUUUAAUAUGACUCUUUUUACAACUUCUGGGGGCAGAGAGUCAGGGCCUGGCGCUUUUCCCAGUUUUAUUUUAUUUGCCGCUCUCUUGAUGUCCCCCUCGCAAAACUUCAAUCCUUUUAGAUCGUCUCUGUCUUCAUUUACUUCUUCUAUAUUUAUUCUCUCUUCUUGUGUUGUUGUAAAAAGCUCUUUGAACACAUUAAUCUUUUCUUUGAGAGGUAAAGUUCUUUUUGGAUUUGGUAGUUGGAGUUGGCUUUUUACUAUUUUGUAGGCUCCACCAAAUACGUCAUCUUCUAAAUUGUCACACAUAUUGCCCCACCUCAGUUUUUUUGCAGAAAUUAUUGCCCAUUUCAGUUCAUUUUUAUGGAUUUUAUAGUCAUGCUUCAGAUCUUCUCUUCUUUGAGUAUUCUUACAUUUCUGAAACUUCCUUCUUUUUAUUCUGACAUCCUUUAUUUUCGCCUGAAUACUUUCAGUCCACCAGUAAGGUAACUUAUAAUCGACGUUACAUCUGAUUUUUGGGGUACUUUCCUUGAAAGCUAUUCCUAGAGCAUGGUCACAUUCCUCAUGAUUUAUUUCCUUCCCAAGUAUUGUUUUUUCAAAGAUUUCAAAAAAAAUAUCCAUAUCAGUCUUUCCAAACGUAUAUUUUGGUUUGUCUUUUAUUUUUUCCUCAAUCUUAGUUAUGAUGAUUCUAUGAUCACUCAUAGGAACAUCAUCCUCGAGGACUGACCAUGUAAUAUUCUGUGUGGGCAAGUUAUCACUUACAAUAGUGAGGUCGAUGUAUGAGACUCCGUUUGGGCGUACGCAGGUUGGCACUUUUCCGUCAUUGAGAAUGUUGAGCUCUAAGGACUGCGUCCACUCCAGCAGGUCAAUGCCUCGUUUUGUUGUGUCUCUACCUCCCCAACAGACGUGUUUGGCAUUAAAGUCCCCAGUUAUUAUAAAUUCGUUUGUAGGACAUGCCAGCAUCCUAAUGUCAUAUUGGAUGUUUUCCAAGUGGGUUAAAAAAUCCUCAUGGGUACAUUUAUUUGGGCUAAUAUACACACUGUAUAUGGUAGUAUUUUUGGUCUCCACACAAAUAAAGCAACCCACAGUGCGGUAAUUUAAUAUAUCAUAUUUUUUGCUAUAAUUAAUGAUCAUAGCACUUAAAUCCUCACUGAUAUAUUGAUGUUUAUUGUUGGUUUUACAUUUUGCUAAAUUUGGUUCGGUAAAGGCUAUGAAAUCGCACUUAGUUUCAUACGCUACUAUCAUGGCCAUAUCGUGGGCAGUGAUACUUCUGUUCGCGUUUACUUGGAGGACUAUGAAUUUGGUUUCUUAGAGAACUCCAUGACGUCUCCCUUCUUGUUCUUUCUGGCUUUACUUAGGGCUAGCUUAAAGAAUCUACACCUACCACUACCUGCUGGAUGACCAUUAAUGUUGCAAUGUGGACAGAAAGCUUCAUUUGUGCAGUCUAUGGCCUUAUGUCCAUCUUGAGCACAGUGGUGGCAUUUUUGGCUUCUAUCCACGCCUGUGCAUUUUGGUGCUACAUGGUCAUAUGCCCAGCACCGAUAACAUUUUGUAACGUCAAUUCUUUUUUGAACUCUACAGAUACUUAGUCCUAUUCUAAUUUUGACAUUUUCCAAGAUUUUAUCUGCAUCUUUUUCGUUAAGAACUAUCGUCGCUAUUUGAUUACCAUUUUUCAUUGGUCUUAGGGAUCUCACUUCCAGUUGAUCUAUUGAUUGAUCUAUAUUUGCGUCGCAUAUUGCUGUCUUAACUUCUUCUAUGUCUGCUGUACUAUCAAUAUCCCUAAUGUGUAGUGUACUUUUUUGAUUUUUGACAAGCAUCUUCACGUUCUUAUUUUGUACCAAGUCUUUAAUAGUUUUGGACACUUCAUCAGCAUUUUCUUUUACUCUUACUAAUACGUCGCCUCUAUUCGUCUUUCUCACUCCUUUGAUCUGUUCUAAAACCUCGCUUCCUUUAAGACCAAGUUUUAGCUUUUUUAGUACAUGUGCAUAUGACUCUGUAUCUCCUUUAAUAAGUAUAAUAUCUUCUGGCUUUCUCGCCGUAUUUUUACUUCUUUCUCCUUGCAUUCUUUUUUUCGUUCUCAGGAAUACUGAGAUCUCUGUAGUUUUAAAUAUUGCUUGGAGGAUCUUGCGCAUAGUAUUACUUUCUAUGCCCUGAGGUGCGACAAUCGAUAUUUCCGACAUACCAAGAUUUUUUGCAAUUUCUUUGAUUUCUUCACAUAAGUUAUAAAUAUCCUGUUGACUUCUUCCGUCUUGCUUAUAUGGAUCAUAGAAAAAAACAAUUACCCUAUUUGUCUUAGUUUUGCUUUUUUCUGUAGUCAGAAUUGUUACUGAUUGCUCUAUUAUAUUGUAACUCCCCCCUUCACAGAUUAUCUUGUCUCCUUCUAGCACUUCUGGAUAUCUAUUGAUCACCCUUUUUCCGACUCUCGACUGCACUUUUGUAUUGUCUUCACAAAAGUAUACCACAUUGCUGCGGACAUCUCUAAAUAUAUCACCGUGGUCUAUUAUAACAUUUUUAAAACUAUCGUUUGUCCAUUCUAGGUGAAGUUUCGACAGCAGCUCGUCAUAGUUCUUUAGUUCCUGGUCAUUGAGAUUGAAUCUAUUGUCAGGGAUUUUAUUUUUAGUGUAUAUGUAAUCUCUUUCAUUUCUUAAUUCUUCAAAUUUAUUUUCGUAGUCUUCUUUAAUACUUUUAAUUUGAGUUUCUAAUUCUGAGACGCGUAGUUCUUGUGUACUCUUGUACAUAUUAAAAUCCUGUUGUAGUUCAUAGAACUUUGCCAUAUCAUAUUUAUAUUUUGUAACUGUCUGUCUGACUAGGCUUGUUAAGUCCAAUGCAAAUUGUUUGAUCUCUUGGUGAACUCUCUUAUUCCCUCUAGUAAAUUUUGCCAGUUCCUCUACCUUAGCCUUGAUUUUCUUUAGUUCUUCUGAGGGUUCUAUGUCGUUUGGUUGUACCAUAGUAGGGCUCGAUACUUUUUUCCUUUUCUUUGGCCGUUUUUCUUCUUCUACUCUUCUGUGUUUGAUAAGUUUACUAUCUUCGUCAUCUUCACCGUUAUCAGUAUUUUCAGAAGCAUCGCUUUCAAUAUUUGUUUCAUGUUCUUGUGUUAUAGCGAGUCCUGGUGGUGUUCUCUGUACUGUACCUCUUCUAGCGAAAGGGUCUUCAACUUUUUCAGCUUCCUCUCCUUUAAAUGGCUUGAUACAUUUUGGCAAAACGUUGCCCCCCCCAGAAUACGAGGGGCAGCCCCUUUCAUCAGCCGGAGCUUCCAGGGGACGGGAUUCUCCGGCGCGAGAAUGCUCAGCGCUGGUACCCGCCUGGGGUAUAUGUUUUUUUUGUUGUGCUUCCAUGUUAUAAAUCAAGAUCUCUAUAGAUCUCCUCCUUCCCAUCUUUCAAAGAAAAAACAGCCGCCCAAUGUGGAACAGACGCUGACCAGACAGCCGCUCGCUCCGAGUACAGACGCUGCCUGGAUUUGAGGUCUUCACCUGUAACCCUAGGCAGGGGACCGCGAUAUUCCCCGCAGUACUGGGACCCCCUCCGAACUUCGCCAUCACGUGAGCCGGCCUACUGACUCCCGUGAUGCCCACCCCCGCGACGUGGACGCGCCAAAGGAGAUUUGUCCAAGUGAAACACAGAGAAGAUGUCUCUGUCCUUCCUUGGACCGGGCUAACGGUCUUGUAUGACCCCAAGACCGAGGGCUGAUAAUUUUGUCUUGAUAAGAACUUUCCACUUAGAUAGGUUGUGACUGUACACACGCAGUAGGUAUGCUAACACUAAAAAUAAAAAAAUAAAAAUUUUAAUAAAAAAAAUUCAACCGACUUCCAAGUCAAAAAAUAACUUUAACUAAAAAGCAAAAAAUAACAUCCUACCUAUGUGCUACCUUCUGAUCAGUUUGAAGGCGGUGCCAAGCCAGUGAUGUUUUAAUUAAACACGUUUUAACUACAAAAUUUCUGUGGUUCUUUUAGAAACAGCUUUAAUUAAAACACGACACUGGCUUGGCACCGCCUUCAAACUGAUCAGAAGGUAGCACAUAGGUAGGAUGUUAUUUUUUGCUUUUUAGUUAAAGUUAUUUUUUGACUUGGAAGUCGGUUGAAUUUUUGUAUAUCAAGUUUGUCUAUUUGUAUUGACUCUACCUCUGGUUAUAUAAAAGAAAUACUAUACUCUAACAUCAAAAUACUAUUACUGUUACUAUGAACUACUUGUUGCAUCACCACUUCAGCUUUGAGGCACUGGUGUGCACAAGGUAUUUAGCUAGGGUAGGCACUAUAAUACAAAUUGUACAAAAUGGAAAAUCUCUUCAGUGCGUUUUUGCAUGUAUGAAAUGCACAUCUCUAAAUAUCUCGAACGCCUAUUAUACAACCAGGACGAGACUAUUCUAUACAAUCAUAUUGUUACGGGAGUCAAACUGAAAUGGACCCUCCGCCCUAGGAGUUACGUCUCAAAGUUGCACUGUAUUGAUAAUGGCCAAAACACUGUAUUUAAAAAAAAAGCAAUUCUUUUUGUACACUCAACUAUACUCUAAAAGGCGUUUUUAUUAUUUUUUGUAACAGUUCAGUAGAUCUAAAUGUCACGAGAUAUUUCCUGAUGAUUUGGUAUUUUGUGAUGGCAGGAAAUAUUUUUGUUUACACCGCUAUUGGUCGACAUUUGUCUUUCUCUCUUCUCCAGUGACUUCUUCUCAGUCUAAGCAGCUCACCGUGACAUUUCAAGACGAGAGAAAGACAUGUGCCAUCCGAUAUAGCUCUUUUUAAUUGUGUUGAGACAAAAGAGAAAGCUAUAUUUCAACGAGAUAUCUACAGUACAAUAGACUUAGCAUACGAUCAACGACAUGUGAACAGGAAUAGACAAAAUGUGGACCAAUGGUGGCGGAGUUGACCCUGUCCCAUCUCUUUCGUUCCAACAUAAUGAAAGAGAUAGUGGUAUUUCCGGUUUGUCGCUAUUGGUUGACAUUUCUCUGCAUUAUAUUUAUUUGCAUAGACAUUUUAUAUGCGGAAUAAGACGCUGGUUUCUCACGUCUGUUGUAAAGUUUGGUGUACAAAAGGAAAUUGCUAUCACUAACCGGUACCAAUGGAGAACUAGGCUUAAAAGUUAACUAUUGUAGCAAAAUUAACUAUUUUGCACAGUAUUUUUAAAUUGUAAGACAUAGGUUUUGUAUCUUAAUGUGUAAGUAAGUUUAGUUUUACCAAUUUUGUCACUAUUUUUGUUUGAAAGGUGAGAGCGUAUGUAAUGGUGAGCAGCAAUUUUUUUUCUUAUUUAAUAAUGUCUCGUUAGUCGUAAAAAAUCUUUUUGUAAAAAUGGAGGGUAGAUUAAGAACAGAAUGUUUAUAAAAGUUUCCGUCGAAUUGCGUUGAAUUUGGGCUGCGUCACUGUAUAGUCUGGCAAGUUGUUGAUGACACUCCCAUGAUAUGCGGGCGACGGGGGGAAAGAAGUGCGGGGAGGUGAGGUGCAUCAGGCGUGGAUUUUUCAUUCAUCGCUACACGCCCCCCGCCCCGCGCGGAUUAUCGGGAGUGUUACGAACGAAAGAUGCAUCAGUCGUGGGUUUUUCAUUCAUCACUACACGCCCCCCGCCCCGCGCGGACUAUAGGGAGUGUUACGAACGAAAGAUGCGUCAGUCGUGGGUUUUUCAUUCAUCGCUACACGUCCCCCAGCCCGCGCGGACCAUCGAGAUUGUUACGAACGAAAGGUGCAUCAGUCGUGGGUUUUUCAUUCAUCGCUACACGCCCCCCGCCCCGCGCGGACUAUCGGGAGUGUUACGAACGAAAGAUGCAUCAGUCGUGGGUUUUCCAUUCAUCGCUACAAGCCCCCCCGGCCCGCGCGGACAAUCGGGAGUGUUACGAACGAAGUUGCCAAGCUACAGUUAGUGACAGGGUUAUAUCGCCUCAAACCAAUUAUUGUAUAGAACCUGCCUCGCUGGACGUUACAUUUCUGCCAAAGUAUAUGAUCAACGAUCUUUUGCGAAUAUAAAAACUGCCUCUAUAGUAUCGAUGUCUCAUAGUUGUAAUCGUAUUCGUCGGGUAAGGAGCUCCGUAAAAAUACCUAUUUGUGUAGUUGAAUGGUGUAAAAAACGGGCAAAAACUUCUAGUUUAGUAUAAGACGCAAAUUUCUAAGGAAAUGAACAGCGCCAUCUAAUGGCAUUACUGCACAACUGUUUCAUUUCCUUACAAAUUCGCGUUUACAAUAACGCGAUAGUCACAGUGUGAAAACAUUGAAAAUUUUCGUUGGACAUUUUUCUACUAUUCGUCUCCCCAUGUAAACCGUUUCUCUACCAACCUACCCGUAUUAUAUUCUGUAUAAAAAUUAAUAUUAUAACUCAAAUACAAUAAAUAAUUCAAUUAGUUUCCAAUAAGGGGUCAUACAUAUAUUUUGUGUCAGGUAUUUUAGUAUUAUGUAGAUUUUUUUUUACUGGUGAUUCAUAUUAGCGCUAUAUAAUCCAUUUAAAUGUUACAAUUUAUGACUGACUAUUGCAUUCUUUAUAGGAUGCAAUUUUAUUUAUGGCACAUUCUUCUUUAACUUAUAAUUUAGGCCAAAAGUUAUAUAAACGUAUUUGUAGGCAAAACAAUUUGCUACAAAUUAUGAUUUUACAAUUUUUUGUAAGACGCAUAGUUAACGAAAUAUCGCGAAAAUAGUGACCCCAGAAAAUUGAGGUUAACCUUCUAUUGACCCCCCCACACAAUCAUGUCCCAAAAAUAAAAUUGCGUUCUCUAAAAAAUACAAAGCUCAUGUAAUAUUUCUAUGGUUAUCCAUAUAAAACUGGAUUGAUAGGCGCCACUAGUAAUUUUUAGUAGUUGAUAUUAGAAGAAAUUAAGGCUCAAAGGACUGGAACUCAGGGCUUUAAAGCCAGUUAAUAUAUUUUUUAGAAGAAAUUGGUUCGUUUGGUUGCAUGUACUCGUAAUGUAUUAACGAAUAUAAUUCUCACUUGUUAAAUGUAACACUUUGAUUACCUCUUGCCACAUCUGACGAAUUAUACGAAUGACCUCUAAUAAUUUACUUUUCGUACUUUCAUUUUGAGUAUCAUACCAAACUGUCCACAUGAAUGGAAAAUCGAUUAAAAGCUUUCAUUUUUAAUUUUUAUUAAAAAAAAUGCUGGUUCGUUUUUAGGCUCUAAGCUGUAAUGUAAUGUCGCUAAUGAUGACUAGAUUUUAUGAAAAUGUACAACAUUAUGAUGAAUAAAAAAUUGCGAUAAAAUAUG